AUAAGACUCCUUGGGGAUAGGAGAAAUUAAUUUGGAAAAACCGUGACCUCAAUUUUACCUCUACUUCCGGGUCAAGGACCAAUGCAGAGUGAAUCACUGAGAGCGCAGACGAUCAAGUCGUUGGAUCAACAGUGUUUCCCGCCUCGGUGCACACUUGAAGUUGAUUAUCUCAACGACGAAUGCCUUCGCGAUGCUUUGGUAACACUAACUGAACAAUCCUUACCAAAGAAGAAUGAAAGUAGAAACUUUUGGCGUUUCGAGUUCAGAGAUAACCGCAAAUUCUUUGACAUGAUGAUUUGAAGAGUGGAGUUGUAGGGAGCGUUUUGAGGAAAGGUUUUUCUUUUAACUUGUGACGUCGUGGGACGCAGUUUAGCGGACUUGCUUUUAUAUAUCCAACGCCAUGAUUCAAACUUACAGGAAAAACAGCGGCAUGGAGUGCUGUAAAGCCGAGCCAAUGUUCCGACGUGUCCGUUAUAACUUACUGACCUAUCCAGGAGCAGGAUGGAUAGCGUUUGUGAUAACCUUGUUCCUAUGGGCUCUCUCCGUUCCCUAUCUCAGACAGGCACCCAGUGGCGUUCCCGAUACCAAGGAAGUUCGGUUGCAGAUGCCUCGGGCAGCCGCAGAGAAAGCUUUUAGACGAAACACAGAGACAAUGUAUGAUAUCAGAUACAACACCAGUGAGUAUUCACACUCUUUCCCUGUGGAUGACACUUGCUUCUUCACUCGUAAACUCUCAAAGAGCGACAUGCCAACAAUUCAUUCUAUAUUCUCUAAUCCAGCAUCUCAGAGCGUUGUCUUUGUAGGAGUACGGUUUCUUAGGGAGAAUUGGGCAGAAGACAAAUUCAUUUGCGAGUUCGAGAAUGGUGAACGGACACAGAGCGACCCAAUCGUGAAUGACUACCGGAGCUUCGGUUAUUUAGCUCAGUAUGUAUUUGUCUUAACAUGCCCACUGCCGGAGAUUUACAUUGGCAGAACUAAUUUCACCAUGAGUUUUUACAAGGUAACAUGGCGGCCGAAAUGGUACAUGUUUGCCUACGCUAACCUGACCGUGUGUCGAGCGGGCAGCUGGCCGCUCACUAAGAAACACUUCUUAAGUGUUUGCACAAUGGUCAAGGGCAUGGAUGAAUUCUUACCAGAUUGGUUGGAUUAUCAUCGCUUUAUGGGUGUUGAACACGCUUAUAUCUACGACAAUGCGGUCGAGAAGAUGAGUUUGUUACGUGAGACGGUCAAAGAGGAUGUAGACAGUGGGUUUGUCACCGUUAUCCCAUGGUCUCACAGACCGUCUGCAGGGAAGAGUUACUUAGAAGUGCAAAUAGCUCAUGAGAAUGACUGUUUAUGGCGUCACAGAUACGACACCCAUUGGAUGAUGAAGAUUGAUGUCGACGAAUACGUCCAGCCCAUGAACCCAGCCAACCCAAAGAUACCUAACUUCUUACGGGAUCCGAGACUCAAUAAGUUAGGUGCUAUAAGACUUCAGAAUUGGUUCUUUGGGCGCCCUAAAACUUCGGAGGUCCUCGAAGGGUCUAUCAUGGAGCGAAAUCGCUGGCGUCCGUCGAAGCCAACCCUUCAGAACACCGGUAGAGACAAGAAUAUUCUCCGGCCUAUAAACGUGCAUUAUUUUAAAAUCCACGCUAUCAAACUUGGAGGUGAGACAAAGUCCAUAAACCCUGAAACUGAGAUGCGUUUGGUGCACUACCGUGGCGAUAACCCAAGGGUCCGCCAUUUUGAUUUGCCCGAGUUCGAUGUUUUGGAUGAGAGCAUGGUCAACAUAUGGAAACAAAUCAAAAAAGCAAAGAUGGAAUGACAGUGACUUAUUAUAUAUAGCGCACGAAAUAUGUCACUCCGUGAUGCUCUGUAUAUUUGUUUUCCUGCAUGGUAUGCGGAUGAAGUCAAAGUUUCAUGAAGCAAUAUUUUGAAAUAGUUUAAUUUUGUUCUUCUUAGAACAAGUUGAUUUAUAAAAGUCAUAAUCAUGGCCUCUUAUAUAUAUAUAAUCCGUCACUUAGUGACGCUCGAUUUGGAGCAUAAGUAUACGAUUUGGAGUAUGGGACCUAAUCCUUUACACAGCACCAUGCAGACGCAAUACAGGUUCAUCAAACUAUUAUAAACUGUCUUCAUGAGUUUAAUUAAAGGUCCUUCUUGCGUAUGAAAUGAAACAAAACCGACGAUAUUAUGAUUAUUCAAAUUCAAUCAUUUUUGCCGCCAAACUUGUGCACUGUGUCUUGGGAGGGACCAGUAUUCACUUAUGCACUCCCAUACAAUUACGUUAUCUUUUAACAUCAAGUUCAUCAUUCCAUAAAUAUUUUGUUAAAUUUGGCUGUGACGUUUAGUAUAGACGAUGUGACCAAUGUUUACAUUCAAACCGCCCUCUGUUGACAAAACACUGUAUACGUCAUGUUUCGCCGGGAAAAAGACGCGAUGGUAUUAAAGAGGGCAUACACUUUCUAGCUGGCUGCUAAAACACAAAGGUUUUGCCCGGCGGUAUACGCGCGAAUCAUGUUAUGGUUUUCGAGUGACGUCAGAGGUCACAUCGUCUAUAGUAUCCAAUUUUACCAUUUUUAUUAGUAUGUUCUUAUUCAUAGAUUGUGUGUUUGUGUGUGUUUUUUUUUUUUUUUUUUUUUUUUUUUUUUUUUUUUACUGUAGACUGUUUUUAUACUGUAUGUUUUGUUAUGUUAAAUAUCGAAUCAUUGAAGAAAAUAUCCCGAAUGAAAUGAAAGAAAGACUCUGCUUGGGUUGAAACGUCAAGCCAUUACUAUUUUGUUUGAAUGUGUAAUACGUGUAAAAGACCGCCUGAGAAAUGUGUACAUUCCCAAUAUUAAUUAUAAGUGUUCAAUGUUUGCCUGUUGUAUUAAAAUGAUUAUUUUGUUUAAAGUAUCUUUGAUUGCCUGUUAAUUAUUCUUUUCGAGAGAUGAACGAUUUGCCCGUAUAACUGUUUCAGUGACUAGCCAGCGGGACCAGUCCGCUGGUAGUCCGUCAGC